AUGUCGGGAAAGAACGAGCAAGGAAAGAUGGACGUUACCCAAAAGAACGUACUCAAUGCUCCCCUCCACAAACACUCUUCCGAAGCCAAGGCUCCUUCGAAUCUUCCCUCCUCAUUCAGCGCUGGAAUGUGUACCAGUAAAAAUCCCAUCGCCGCUAUCCUCACAAACGGAUUCCUGGACUUCUCGUCCUCGAAUGGCACGGAUUUGCGAAAAGCUGGCGUGGGUCCAGGUCAACGACUGUGCCUAGAAGCUUCAACAUGGAAGAGCGCCGCGGAUAAAAAUAUUGGAGAGGUACCGAGAGUAAAGCUAGAAUCGACGCAUGAAGGCGCUCUGAAGAGUAUGGAUCUUAAUACACUAAAGAAGUGGGCGGCAGAGCAGGAGGUCCAGGGGAAGACUGUGCUGCCGGGUAAGGGCAAGGAGAAGUUCGCGAGGGAGAGUUCAGAGAUUGGAGGCAAGGAACCAAGGGCUUGA